UUUAUCUAAUGCGAAUUACAUCGACGCCGCCACCCAGAGUUUCAUCCUUCAUCUAUUUUCUAUACUCUCUUUCCUUUUCCAUUUCCAAUGCCAUCUUUCUCUUUCUUAAGAACAUUCAGGCUCUCUCUUUUUCCGCCUUAUCCCCCAAUUGCAACUGCAACCCUCCAUUCUCAAUCUCAUUCUCAACCUCACUCUCACCAUCAUCACCAUCAUCACCAUGAUGCUGUUGCCUCAUUCAAUCGCAUGCUUCUUAUGCGCCCUCCCCCACCCACCUUCCAUUUUGACAACAUUCUGAGUUCCCUUGUCAAGAACAAGCAUUAUCUCACUGUCAUUUCCCUUUUUAAACAAUUCCAAUCAAAUGGGGUUACACCUAACCUUUGUACUCUGAACAUCCUCAUAAACUGUUUUUGCCAUCUGUCUCACAUCACUUUUGCUUUUUCUGUAUUCGCCAACAUUCUCAAGAGGGGUUAUCAUCCAAAUGCAAUUACCCUCACCACACUCAUCAAAGGCCUCUGUUUUUGUGGGGAGAUUAAAAGAGCACUGUACUUUCACGAUAAGGUCGUAGCUCAAGGGUUCCAGUUGGACCAAGUCAGUUAUGGGACAUUGAUCAAUGGUUUGUGCAAAGCAGGAGAGACAAAGGCUGUCGCACGGUUACUGAGGAAGCUGGAAGGACACUCGGUUAAACCUGAUGUGGUAAUGUACACUACAAUAAUUCAUUGCUUAUGCAAAAAUAAACGCGUAGGAGAUGCCUGUGAUUUGUACUCUGAGAUGAUUGUUAAGGGAAUUUCCCCGAAUGUUUUCACCUACAAUACUCUGAUCCAUGGCUUUUGCAUCAUGGGUAAUUUGAAAGAAGCAUUUUCCUUGUUGAAUGAAAUGAAAUUGAAAAACAUCAACCCGGAUGUUUAUACCUUUAACAUAUUGAUUGAUGCAUUAGGAAAGGAAGGUAAGAUGAAAGAAGCAUCUUCCUUGAUGAAUGAAAUGAUAUUGAAAAACAUCAACCCGGAUGUUUAUACCUUUAACAUAUUGAUUGAUGCAUUAGGCAAGGAAGGUAAGAUGAAAGAAGCAUCUUCCUUGAUGAAUGAAAUGAUAUUGAAAAACAUCAACCCGGAUGUUUAUACCUUUAACAUAUUGAUUGAUGCAUUAGGCAAGGAAGGUAAGAUGAAAGAAGCAUUUUCCUUGUUGAAUGAAAUGAAAUUGAAAAACAUCAACCCCAGUGUUUGUACCUUUAACAUAUUGAUUGAUGCAUUAGGCAAGGAAGGUAAGAUGAAAGAAGCUAAAAUUGUGUUAGCUAUGAUGAUGAAAGCAUGUAUUAAGCCUAAUGUUGUUACUUAUAAUUCUCUAAUAGAUGGAUACUUCUUGGUUAAUGAAGUAAAACACGCAAAGUAUGUAUUCCAUUCUAUGGCUCAAAGGGGAGUGACACCUGAUGUUCAGUGCUAUACUAUCAUGAUUAAUGGGUUAUGUAAGAAAAAAAUGGUAGAUGAAGCUAUUAGUCUCUUUGAAGAAAUGAAACACAAAAAUAUGUUUCCUAAUAUUGUGACUUAUACUUCACUUAUUGAUGGUCUGUGCAAAAAUCAUCAUCUGGAGAGGGCAAUUGCAUUAUGCAAGAAAAUGAAAGAGCAGGGAAUUCAGCCAGAUGUAUACUCAUACACAAUACUUCUUGAUGCACUGUGCAAGGGUGGAAGACUUGAGAAUGCAAAGCAGUUUUUCCAGCAUCUUUUGGUUAAAGGCUAUCAUCUGAAUGUUCGGACAUAUAAUGUUAUGAUCAAUGGGCUUUGUAAAGCGGGCCUGUUUGGUGAUGUGAUGGAUUUGAAGUCAAAAAUGGAAGGCAAAGGUUGCAUGCCCGAUGCUAUAACUUUUAAAACAAUUAUUUGUGCCCUAUUUGAAAAAGAUGAAAAUGAUAAGGCAGAGAAAUUCCUCCGAGAAAUGAUUGCUAGAGGCCUACUGGAAGUGUAAAACUAGAUGCGAUGGUUUCCAAUUAUUAUUGAAUAAAUAGUUCAUUCAUAACAACAAAUAUUCAACCGUUCAUUUUUUCUGAUUUAUAUAAACUUUUUAUACCCAUUCCCAUUUGCUUAUAGAUACAAUCCUGUACAUAUGACUCAACUUCACUAGUCUACUUGUGGCAUUUUUAUUUGCAUUUUCCCUUUCAAUUUUGAUUUGCAUGUGAGCUUUGGGUUAAUUUACCAUCAGUUUGCUUUCUUCUCUUAUUUUACUAGGAUAUUUUUUUAUCAUUCUGCAUGUGUUGAUUGUGUUCAACACAUAGUUCAACAAAUUUUUUAAAGCUUUGCCAGUUCCCACUUCAUUUUUUUUAUCAGACUCUAUCAUUGAUAGGAUGAAAAUUGUGCAUUGUAUUGCUUUGGCAAUAUCUUAUAGAACUACAAGCUGAGAGUUUGUAUUUGGUACUUGUUUAUAAAUGCCAUUGCCAGGAGCAUGGCAACGAGGAUAUGAUGGUUAACUUUGCAUAUAUUCAAUAACCAUAAUCAGUUUUUGUUUACAAUCAAAAUCAUUGUAUCGAGUGUCACUAAAUUUUUCACUUUGCGAAGAAUGUUUGAAUUCAUUUAUCAUGUGGUGCAUCCAACCAAUUUGCGCUUUAAGCUACCUAGCUUUGUGAGCUGAGGAACGGGCUUUGAUUAGGUAAGGAUUUCAUUGUCAGUUCCUGACAAUUCACUUUGCAAGGAAUGUGCUAAUUUCAUUGUCAAUAGACCCACAGUCUUGGGGCAUGAGUCUUGUGAAAUUGUAGAUGAUGUUGCACUGAAUCAGUUGGCUUUGUAGCCUGGAAUCAGUUGCCCAAGAUGCCAUUUCUAUAAAGUUGGCUGCAAUAAUCCCUGUCCCCUGAUAGAAUCUUCAUUCUACUUCCUCUGCAUAAACCACAGUUCUUGUGCCAAUAAGGUAAUUCUUUUUUACCACACAAGGAACCUUACUAUGCCUUUAAAUGUUGCCUAAAGUUAACUUAUUUCUAAAUGAAGUCCAUAAAGAAGUGUGAGGUUCAAUAUACUGUUGUUUGUAGCCUUGACAUAUCCUAUGGCAUGCUUUUAUGAUGAAGCUGUUGAGGAGCAUGUUGGUAAGAAAUGCCAUGAUGGGCAUGGUGAUGUUGAUGAUGGUGAAGACCAGAAUGAUUUUGUGGACAUUUUGCUUUCGAUUCAAGAGACUAACACCACAGAUUUCCAGAUUGAUAGAGCAUUCGUCAAGACUUUGGUCAUGCCAUGUUUCUCCACCCUGCAUUGUAGUAUAUUCUGAUAGGACAUAGUUAAUGCUUGGGCAAUUUCAACUGACCCUUCAUAUUGGGACCAACCUCUAGAGUUUCAACCAGGGAGAUUCUUGAAGAGUUCAUUGGAUAUCAAAGGACAUGAUUUCGAAUUGAUCCGAUUUGGAGCUAGAAGAAGGGGUUGUCCAGGAUUAGGCUUUGCCAUGGCUUUGAAUGAGGUAGUCCUUGCAAACAUUGUGCACCAGUUUUAUUGGGCAGUGCCUGGUGUAGUGGUGGAGGGAACAGACAUUGGAUAUGUUUGAAACUACUGGAUUGAUUGUUCACAAAAAGUUAACCUCUUGUGACAUUUUCAUCACCUUAUGUGUAACAAUAUUUUUUUUAACUAAAAGAAUUGAACUUACUACUAGAAGUUUACUACAACUGAUGCUCAUUGCUCAAAACAUUUAUAAUAAUUCAUGCAAAUUGUUCAAUCAA